CACUAUACUGCUAGCAGUCAGCAUACAAAUGUUGGAUUAGUAGACUCGCUUCAUUCAGUACCAAUUCAGUAUUCGGUAGAAUCGCAACUCGGCUCUCGGUUCGAACGGUGGGGUUCAAGUCGUAAAAAGUGGAUUCCAGUGAAAAAAAAAAUAUAACUGCUUUUUGUCGCUACGGUUCUACCAGUGGUAGAUAAUUUGAAAAAUCAUUUCUGUCCUGCUGCGUCGGGUUCUAGUCAUUAGCAACGUGUCAUAAAAAACAUCGGAAGACCGUGAUGCAUCCAGCGUUCGAGAAUGCCGGCACCAGCAAGGGUCUGGAGGUGUGGAGAAUCGAGAACUUCGAACCCGUUCCAGUGGCGAAAACCUCCUAUGGGAAAUUCCACACCGGUGAUUCGUACAUUGUCUUGAAUACCAAACAGUCCAAGAGUGGCAUCCUCUCCUGGGACAUCCACUUCUGGCUCGGCCUGGAGACCAGCCAGGACGAAGCUGGAUCGGCCGCCAUCCUAAGUGUUCAGCUGGACGAUCGGCACAAUGGAGCACCGGUGCAGCACCGCGAAGUGCAGGAUCACGAGUCGAGUCUAUUCCUCAGCUACUUCCCCGGUGGCGUUCGCUAUGCUGCGGGUGGCGUAAAGAGCGGUUUCAACGAGGUCGAAACGAACGCCGCCGGCGAGAAGCGUCUCUUCCAGGUCAAGGGUUCGAAAAAUGUGCGCGUACGGCAGGUAGCGCUGGGGCUCGCCUCGAUGAACAAGGGUGAUUGUUACAUUUUGGACGGAGGGUACGACAUCUACGUGUACGUCGGACCCAGUGCCAAGCGGGUGGAGAAGAUCAAGGCCAUUAGCGCCGCCUCGCAAAUUCGCGACCAAGAUCAUGCGGGUCGCGCUAAUGUGCACAUUCUGGAUGAGUUUGCUAGCGCAGCUGAUCAACAGGAGUUCUUCGAUGUUCUUGGCGAGGGAUCCAGCGAUGAAGUUCCCGAGCAGUCGGAGUGUGAUGACACGUACGAGCAAACCGAUAGCAAAACCGUUACCUUGUACAAGGUUUCCGAUGCUGAUGGCAGUCUGAGUAUCACUCCCGUAGGGGAGCGGCCCCUCAAGCAGAGCAUGCUUGAUUCCGACCAGGACUGCUUCAUUCUGGACACGGGAGCAUCGGGAAUCUUCGUUUGGGUUGGCAAGGGUGCCACAUCCCAGGAACGGUCGCAAUCCAUGAUCAAGGCGCAGGAGUUCAUCACGACCAAGGGUUACCCGAUGCACACGCAGGUUCACCGCGUCAUAGAGAACGGAGAAACGACUGACUUCAAGCAGUACUUUGCCAGCUGGCAAGACAAGGGAAUCAACCACAGCCACCUGAUCAAGGCCGCUAUGGACGAGGACAGUUCCGUGGACGGCGGCGAAGAGCGGGAAUUCGACCCGGAGAUUCUGCACAUGUUCAAGAAGAAUGGCGGUCGAGCCCUUGGGUUCAUGCCGGACAAUGGCCAAGGUGAAGCGGAAGUUUGGCGAGUGGAAAACUUUGACCUGGUUCCUGUAGAACCGCACACUUAUGGAAUGUUCUUCGGAGGUGAUUCGUACGUGAUCAAGUACGAAUACCAAAACAAACGGGGUGGUCAUGGGUUCAUUAUCUACUACUGGCAAGGUAAGCAAUCAUCAAUUGAUGAAAAGGCUACUGCUGCUAUGCAUGCCGUUCGUUUGGAUGACGAGUUGAACGGUAAGGCCGUUCAGGUUCGGGUGACUCAAGGAAACGAGCCGCGUCAUUUCUUGAAGAUCUUCAAGGGUAAAUUGAUCAUCUUCAGCGGUGGUCACGCUUCCGGUUUCAAAAACAUCCACGAUCAUGACACUUACGAUGUUGAUGGAACUCGCCUGUUCCGAAUCCGUGGCACUUGCUCGGAUGACGUACGAGCUGAACAGCUACCGGAGACGGCUAGCUCCCUGGCUUCCGACGAUGUAUUCAUCCUGGAAACACCUUCGGCCACCUACGUCUGGCAUGGUGUCGGAGCUUCCGAUUUAGAGAAGGACAUGGCCGCUAACAUUGUAGCAAUGAUCUCACCUGAUGCGAGCCCACAGAUUAUCGAUGAAGGCUCCGAGCCCGCUGAAUUCUGGGCAGCACUUGGCGGAGAGGGUGACUACGACCGUGAACUGGAUCCAACCGGAGCUCCGUUCCUGACUCCGCGUCUGUUCCACUGCAGAAUUCUGUUCAACAAACGGCUUCGCGUCGAGGAAGUUCCACAUUUCGAACAGGAAGAUCUCAACGUGGAUGACGUGAUGGUACUGGACGGAGGUGACGAGAUCUACGUCUGGAUCGGAAACGGUGCAACCGAGGAAGAACGUGCUAAAUCGAUCGAUAUGGCUAAGCAGUAUAUCCGAACGGAUCCAUCGGAGCGUAACGAGGACACCGUGCCAAUCGUAAUUCUGAAACAAGGCGAAGAGCCACGCAGCUUCAAGCGGCUGUUCCCGGCCUGGGACGAUGGGCACUGGGAGAAACCCCUUACCACUUGUCUGUUCAGCUCUCGUGACGUUGGAUUGUUUCGAUUGUAGCUCGUCUGUUUGUAGAAUUGGGUAAAAUUUGGUUUGCACUUGCUAACGUUUGUUUGGUUUGCCAUGACUAACCCGUUUCGGAUUUGUUCGCUGCCCUCUAUCUAUGCCACUACCUACACGAUUAUACUUAAUCUGAUCCUGCUUAACGUAGUUCUAAUCUAUAGCGCAAUUUCCGAUAAAUGUGCACGUGAUGAGUAUUUUGAAUGCUACAGGCCCAUGACCAUAAUAGUAACACAUUCCAUCCAUAUACUUUUCCACAGUCACAACCAUCAUACGAGAGUAUUCGGCAACAGGUACUGGACCAAAAUCAACCAAAAGAGUAAUAUAUGAACAAAGGCGUGAUUUCAAAUACGCACAAUCUUUAUACGUACUUCAAUAUGUGUGUACUUUAAUGUUGACUAUAUACAUAUUUAUGAUCAGUAAAAAUCAUCGUAACAA